AUGGGGGAGGUGGUCCAGAUGCACUUCACCACGGUGGACUACGUCAUCUUCGUUUUGCUGCUGGUGGCCUCAGCUGGCAUUGGCCUCUUUUAUGCCUUCUCUGGUGGGCGUCAGCGCACGACACAGGAGUUCCUGAUGGCCGACCGCUCCAUGAGCUGCCUGCCUGUGUCUCUGUCUCUGCUGGCCACUUUCCAGUCAGCGGUGGCCAUCCUGGGCGCUCCGUCUGAGGUGUACACGUUUGGGACGCAGUACUGGUUCCUGGGCUGCUCCUAUUUCUUGGGGCUGCUCAUCCCAGCUCAUGUAUUCAUACCAGUCUUCUACAGGCUGCGGCUUUCCAGCGCCUAUGAGUAUCUGGAGCUGCGUUUUAACAAGACGGUUCGCAUAUGUGGGACUGUGACCUUCAUCUUUCAGAUGGUCAUUUAUAUGGGGGUCGUCCUGUACGCUCCAGCACUGGCACUGAAUGCAGUGACGGGGUUUGACCUGUGGGGAGCAGUGUUGGCCAUGGGCUUGGUCUGCACUUUGUAUACUGCUCUGGGAGGCCUAAAGGCAGUGAUCUGGACCGAUGUAUUCCAGACAGUGGUGAUGUUUGCAGGCCAACUGGCCGUCAUUGUGGUGGGGGCCGGUCAGGCAGGAGGCAUAGCAGAGGUCUGGAGGAAGGCCACCAAUGGCAGUCGCAUCGCUGGACUAGACCUGAACCCAGACCCUCUGGAGCGCCACACCUUCUGGACGCUGGGUGUCGGGGGAGUCUUCCUCAUGUUGGCUCUGUACGGAGUCAACCAGGCCCAGGUCCAGAGAUACCUCAGUUCCCGCACAGAGAAAGAAGCUGUAAUGUCCUGCUAUGUAGUUUUCCCCUGCCAGCAGAUUGUCCUGUGCAUGGGCUGUUUGAUGGGUCUGGUCAUGUUUGCUCGCUAUGGAGAGGACAGCCCGCUGGACAAGGGCUACGUCAAAACUAACGACCAGAUGGUGCUGUACUUUGUGAUGGAUGUGUUCAGGGACCUGCCGGGGCUCCCAGGCCUGUUUGUGGCCUGUCUCUUCAGUGGAGCACUCAGCACCAUCUCAUCAGCUUUUAACUCCUUAGCAACUGUAACUAUGGAGGACCUGAUUAAACCUCAUUUUCCAAAUAUGACUGAAGCCAGGGCCACGCUACUGUCCAAAGGACUCGCUUUGGCCUAUGGGCUGGUGUGUCUGGCUAUGGCCUACAUCGCCUCCAUCAUGGGAUCUGUGCUGCAGGCGGCCUUCAGUAUCUUCGGGAUGGUGGGUGGUCCCCUGCUGGGACUCUUCUGCCUGGGAAUGUUCUUCCCCUGGGCAAACCCCAUUGGUGCGGUGGUUGGGCUGGUAGUGGGCCUCGCCAUGGCCUUCUGGAUCGGCAUCGGCAGCUUUGUGAUGCGCAUGUCUGGUCCCACGCCAGUCCCUCCACUCAACACCACUGACCUGCCGCUGUUCGAUAACAUGACUACCACUGUCAUGACCACACUGCUCAGCGCCACCACAGCCAAGCCGAGGCCAACGGGUGUGGAGGCGCUUUACUCACUGUCCUACAUGUGGUACAGCGCUCACAACUCAACCACCGUGGUGGUGGUGGGACUGAUAGUCAGCCUGCUGACAGGUCCUAUGAAGGAGAAGGAGUUGACACCGGGCACAGUCUUCCCCGUCCUCGGCACGCUGCUCUUCUUCCUGCCUGAGCGCUACAGAGAGAAGCUCUGCUGCAUCACUCCUCUUGGUCAGAAGCCCAAAGAAGCCAACUCACAGCCUUAUCAAAUGGCCAAGAAAGACAGCAACGGAGCAGCUUAUUGCAAAGAGGACACAGUCACAGAGGACAAGGAGGCAGAAAGCGACAAAGCACAAACGGAAGAUGAAGACUUGGAAACGAGGGUCAGUCUGCCCUCGUGCCAGCUGGCGGCUCACACGGUUCAGGAGACGGCCUUGUGAUUCUUCUU